GUCACUGCGGACAAAAAAUUUUGUAAUAAAAGUCUGUGAUAGAGCGAUGUUGCAGGCUAAUGUAACUACUCGUUCGUCCGCGCGUACAGGAAUCUUAUCUUCUAAGUACCACGAUUCCCAUCCUUGGAAGCAUUUGUCUCCCAGGAGCACUUCUGUUUCCGCACCGGACCUAGCCUGUAGCAGUUUCCGUCGUCCCUCGCAGUUCUCGUAUUUCCACGUUGAUUCUCGUUGGCCUUCGGUACCACCCGAGAGCACCGCUUCCCUGGGUAGUCUGACAGCAGCACCUCGUCGUCAGCUUACCCCUGCAAGUGAAGACGAGGAAGAGGAAGUAAGUGCGAAGAGUUCUGCAAAGCUGUCGCCUGAAGGUGACCAACAUACUCCGUUAACAUUGAAAGAAAGCGUGGCUUUGCAUGCUGGAAAGGUCAAGAGCCAGCUUCACGCUGAAGACACCGACAGCAGGCUCAUUUUGGCGGAUAUGAAGGAAAGCUUAACGGGAUUUUUCAAAGUGCUAUGUAAUCCAGGAGAAAAAUGGGACACCGGUCUGAAAGUACGAACUGGGGGACCGCUAGAAAUCGCAAAAUCAUGGCGAUUGAAAGAUUUGGAAAAGAAGAUGUUAGAAGAUCCUUUUCUCCACUAAACAGAUAUAUGCAUUUUCCGUUUCAUGAACUGCAAAAUUACGCUUCCUCUUCUGUUGGAUUAUUUGGGGCAAAAUAGCCUAAAUGCAAAUAUCCAGUCAAAAAUAAAAAGAGUUUGCAACUG